CGAGAAGCAAAAUUUUGAUUUUUUUUACUCCAGCAAAAGUUUGGUCAGUUCAGACGAAGCUGCAGAAGAAGUGAAGAGAACAGAGGGCGAAUUGGCAAUGCAAAUUCGGAGAUGAGCUCUAAAGAGAACUGUAGGAAUGAACUUCGAACUGCGAUUCGCCAACUCAGCGAUCGUUGCCUUCACCCUGCCGCAAAAUGGGCGGCGGAGCAGCUCGUAGGGAUUGAGCAAGACCCGGCGAAGUUCACGCCUGCUAACACCAGGUUCCAGCGAGGAAGCUCGAGCAUUCGACGCAGAUUUCGCACCAAUGAGAUCGCUUCCGCUACGCCGCUCACACCGAUUGCUGGUGUUUCGUAUGUUUCCACUCCAGUAAUGGAGGAAGACGAGGCAGUGGAUAACGACUUCUACCUUCUGGGGAAAACUUACUUCGACUGCCGGGAGUAUAGACGGGCUGCCCAUACUCUGCGAGACCAAACUGCGAAGAAAUCAGUUUUCUUGAGGAAUUAUGCUCUUUUCCUCGCGGGAGAAAAGCGCAAAGAAGAAGAAUCAAUAGAACUCACAGGGCUUGGAAACAGUGAACCCACGAACUGUGAGCUGGUCACUAUUGAAAUCGAGUUAUCAACCCUUCGGAAGAAUGGAACGAUCGAUCCAUUUGGGUUGUAUUUGUAUGGUAUUGUCCUCAAAGAGAAAGGUAACCAGAAUCUUGCUCGUAUGGUGCUUGUGGAAUCUGUGAACUGUUACCCUUGGAACUGGAGUGCUUGGUCAGAGCUACAAGCACUAUGUUCAACUCCUGAGAUCUUGAGCAGUCUCAGUCUCAGUAACCACUGGAUGAAGGACUUCUUCCUUGCCAGUGCUUACCAAGAACUAAAAAUGCACAAUGAGUCCUUGGCCAAAUAUGAAUAUCUACAAGGAACUUUCAGUUUCAGUAACUAUGUUCAAGCUCAAAUUGCUCAAGUUCAAUAUAGUCUAAGGGAAUUCGAACAAGUGGAGGUGAUAUUUGAAGAGUUAUUGCGAAAUGACCCCUAUAGAGUGGAAGACAUGGAUAUGUACUCCAAUGUGCUGUAUGCAAAGGAGUGCUUCUCAGCCUUAAGUUAUCUUGCUCAUAGGGUAUUCAUGACUGAUAAAUAUCGCCCUGAAUCUUGCUGCAUCAUCGCCAAUUACUAUAGUUUAAAGGGUCAGCAUGAGAAAGCAGUCACGUACUUUAAAAGGGCGCUGAAGUUGAACAAAAACUAUCUCACUGCUUGGACGCUUAUGGGGCAUGAGUAUGUCGAAAUGAAGAACACCCCUGCUGCUGUUGAUGCCUACAGAAGGGCAGUGGACAUCAACCCUCGUGACUAUCGAGCUUGGUAUGGUCUAGGGCAAGCAUAUGAGGUGAUGGGAAUGCCUUUCUAUGCCCUUCACUAUUUCAAGAAGUCAGUCUUCUUGCAGUCGAACGAUGCUCGACUAUGGAUAGCCAUGGCCCAGUGCUACGAAACCGAUCAGCUCCAGAUGCUGGAGGAAGCUAUCAAGUGUUAUAAGAGAGCUGCAAGCUGUGGUGACAAGGAAGCAAUCGCCUUGCAGCAGUUGGCCAAGCUGCACCGUGAGCUUGGGCGGUUUGAAGAGGCGGCAUUCUACUACAAGAAGGAUUUGGAGAGGAUGGAAGCCGAGGAGAGGGAAGCUCAGAACAUGGUUGAAGCAUUGUCGUUUCUUGCCGAGCAUUGCAGGGAAAUGAAGAGAUACGAAGAAGCCGAGGUGUAUUGUGCUCGUCUUAUGGAUUAUGGUGGCCCGGAGAAAGAAACAGCGAAGAACAUACUGCGAGGAAUAAGGGGUGACACCAGUUUGCCAUCAAUGGAUGUUGACCAUUUCCGUCCUUGAUCUUGGUCUCUCUUGGCGGGGUCCCAUCGACAACCUGAAUCGAGAAGUUCUGCUCUUCUGUAGUCCAGUACAUUUGCCACUUGAAUCCACCAUUCAAUUUUUCUUUUUAUGCAAAUGGCUAGUGUUGGUCCGUUUUGCCGUAUCACUCAUUAUCAGUCCAUUCUUGAUGGACUGCUAUAAUUUUUUGUUGUUGUUGAGGGAAUGGAUUGUGGCAUCCUUGAGAGGUUUUUUGUCCGAGUUUUGCGAUAUCCUUCCAGCAGUUGCACAUCAAAUGGUCAAGAGCAUAAUUUUACAACAAAUAGCUAGGUUUUGUGUACACAUCAACUAUGUUGUUCUGCAAACAAUGCUCACAAAUACACAGAUCAAACAACCUGUUAAACUGUUUCAGCUCUUCUGAUAACAAGCAGCCUACAGAUAAGUGAGGUCAAUUUACAGACACCAGUUGAUUUCACACCGGUAUAUACCUUCCAAAGGAAUCAAAAACUUGCAAUACAUUUUCUAGGUAGCGAUGAUACGAACGUAUAAUACUCCGAACAAGCAAGAGCCGGAACACUGUAAGAACGAAACACGAGCACUGAAAUCCGGGUCAUAGAACACCACAUCAUAAUCACAAGAUCAAUAGACAAAUCAAACAUGCAUCCAAUCAAUGGUACAUUCCACAAAUUCCAGAAACCGGUUCUUAUUUUCUGAGAACAAAAUAUGCGGUCCAGUAAACUGCAACACCAAUCUUUGAGUGUUCUAUCACAGUAAUUGUCCUCCACCAAAUUCCAUUUCUUUUGUAUUAGAACAGCAAUUAGGGUUUUCAUUUGGGGUCGGAGAAGAAGCUGUUGAGUUUGGGCAUGAUCUCCGGCGCCCUGUCUCGCACGAACCUCCGAAGAGCAUGCUGCGAGUACUUCUCCCCCUCCGCAAAGUUCUCCAGUAUCCCCGCUGCCCUGUUAUCCUUCUUCACCCUGCCAAUCCAUUUACCAACAAAGAAGAAGAAACUCCAUAUCAACACAUGCCAAGAACAAACCCCGAUCUACCUCUAGAAAGCAAUAACAAUUUCCUUGUUCAACACAAGCUCUAGACAAUUCGUAUACUCAAUGAUACUACAGCUGGAAGAUAGGCGACUAAGACGAGGCUGUUUUGGCCAAAGAUCCAACGGCGGCCGGAAACCGGUCGACGGCAACGGUGAAGACAAUUCAACAGUUCUAUACCCCUACAGCAGUAAACUAGUGAGGAAAAGAUGUUGACCUGACUUCAGGAUUGCCGGAGAUGUUGCGGAUCAGUUGGAAGGCGCAGAUCCCUACAGCAACUCCCGUCGCGGCGAACAGAGGAUACACCUGCGGCCUCAACCACCGAUUGCCGCCGCCCAUAGCUGAGAUCGUCGGAAGAAAUGGAGGCUGAAGACUUGAAGCUAGGGAUGCAGAGAAGACGCGGAGAGAAAUGGAGGGAUGAGAGGAAGGCGACUUCAACUUGACAAGG